GUCAGCAAAAAAAAUGACACGAACAGUAUACCUAUUUGACGCAGGCAUCAAAAUUUUCUAUUAUUUUGUUAUCGAAAAGUUCAUGGAAUUAUUUCAUCUCAUGGACCUGCUCAAGAUAUUUCGAAUGCAGGAACCUGUAUCAAAGGAUUUGUUGGCAAGGAACAACGAACUAGGUAAAUACAAAGAAGUAGUGCAGGAAAAGGAUGCGCUGCUAACGAACAGCAAGUCUCGUAUUGAAGAGUUGGAACUCUCGGUUAGUGAAUUAAAGAGGGAAAAUCUCCAGUUAACUGAAAGACUAUCCAAAAAUCUUGUUAACAGGGAUGUAGUGGGAAACUACGAGAAAUUCUACACCAAAAUAAUGAUGGAAUCCGAACAUUUGAUCCAGGAAAAAAAGCAGGCGGAAGAACGGUUCCAACAACUGGAGGAAUUCUGUAAAGACCUUGUGGACAAGUACGAAAAGACGAGACAUAUCGUGAACGCUUACGAGACAGAGCAAGAAAAAUUGAGAAAGCAGAUAUGGGAGUACGAGAAAAAGAUUCACGCGUUGAUCACUCAACAUAAGGGCAUGUCAGAGAGCUCGACAUUAUUGAAGGAGCACAAAGAAAUCGGGGAUUCUUCAAUGUUUGAGCCUUUAAAAGGACUAAAUUAAGAUAUACUAAUAUACGUAUACUUAACUGAGCUAAAAACCUCUAUCAGAAUACUCAUACCUCACUUGUCUAUCUUCAGUUAAAUGUAAUUUUUUUAAAUAAAAUAUCAGAUCACUA